AUUGGCAGAGUAAGCGACCCCGUCCUGCCUGCGUGUCAAGUGACGAGAAAAUUAUUUACUUCUUAGUCCCUUUUCGUUGUCUCGGGGGGAUUAAUUAGCCUUUUCUCUCUUCUCCGGGCGUCACUUGGGCAUAGAUGCUGUACCCUGGCGUUAAUUGGAGUACGUGCCCCUCCUCACCGAAGAGAAAAGGGGCUUUGAUCAUGUGCUGAAGAGAAAUGACAGAUUUUCUUGAGGGGAGAGGAGAGGAAAAAGUGAGAGGGCUACGACACCAUGAGUUGGUUCGACACGGCUGGGUUCACUUCCCUGGCCAAGUCAGCCCUGAAGGAAGCCCAGCGCACCAUUGACAAAGCCCUAGACAUCGAGGAGGAUACUGAGAAUGUCGUGCCGGCCGCAACGUUCGCUUCGCCUGGACAGAAAGGGAUUUCAGAGAAGCUCAAGGAAGAAUCGGAGAAUUUCUUCGCCUCCUUCGGCCUCGACAAGAAAAAGUCCCCCCUGACGCCCGCCAACUCGCCUGUGGAUACGUCGGCCGGAACGACUCCCGUGCAAGAAUUUGAUGGCUCGGGCACGCAAGAUUCACCCACCACAGUAAGCGAGGAUGGGCGCAAAACUUCGUCUGCCAUGGUUGGGAGUCUUUGGGGGUCUUUCACUGGUUCCUUCUUUGAAAAUACACUUAUUGGUAAACAGCAGUCAGAGGACACCCCAGGAAGUACAUCGGAGAAGGAUAUCGUUGCCACCCAACCGCCUCGCAGCAGCACCAGUUUACCGUCACUAAAGCUAGCUAAGAGUCCUGUGUCGACUCAGCCUCGCACGUCUAGCCUGGAAGAGCAGAGAGGAGCUCAGCAGAGUGAAGUUGGAGACACGGAGGAGCAGAAGUCAACAGACGAUGGAGAGGGCAGCAGACAGGAGUGGGGUUGGGGCUGGGAAAGCAGUAUAAUGGUGAUGUCUGGUGAACAGCAGCAGUUGGAAGGGGACUUUGGUACAUCCCAAGCUGAGCUAGAAGCCAGAGAGGACAGUUUAGCCGAUGACUCUAUAGAUGUAGAGGGUUUUGCCAGAAGCCGCUUGGUCGUGGGCAGUGUUGACAGCGACAGCGGAGGCUUGAUGCGCCAGGAAAGCCAGGGGUCACUGUGCGGGAGAUCCGUAGACUUGGACGUUCCAUCCUCCAUAUCGGAAGACGUGUUUGAUGGCAACACGGAGAGCCACAGAAGCGGCGCACUAGAGAGGGGCUGUGACCAAGGGCAGGAAUUCUCCGAAGCUCCCAGAAGAAGUAGUCUCAGUCAUCUCCUUAGGGGGGAAAACUGCGAGCAAAAGACGGCAAUGUCGCGAGGUAAUUCCGAAGUUGACACGCCAGACAGCAUAGUGGUACUUACAUCAGAUGGUAGCUCGCCAGAGGGGGAUUCUUCGAGAGUCAGCACGAGUAGUACCGACAGAUCAAAGCUGACGGUAAACCUGCAUCCCGAGAAAAUCACCAGUCCCAUUAGCUCCCCCGAGUCAAUAGAAGUUCUUGGGUCAUCUAGUCUGGUAACUUCGCCUUCUUCUAUAGAGGUUUUAAGUGGUGUAUCAUCUAGCGACUCAUCUCCCACGCAUCAGGAUUCAUGUAGUAAUACCCUAACCCAAGACCUAAGUCCCACUCCCACUCACAUUGUCAGCACACAGCCGACACUACAUACAUCGAAUAAGCAUGCCGUAGAAGCCCCCGCACUCAGCUCUGCCUUGAAUCAGGAGAAAGUCCAGCAGGAAAGCCGAGGAAACGAUAAGUCUUCCAUAGAUAGAAAGGAGUAUGAGUCGAAGGGGAAUGCGGAAGAAUCCACUACUAGUCAGGGCCAGGCUGUGGUGAAGCAGCCCACCCACAGGGAGUCAGAGGAACCUGCCUGUUCCUCAAAAGAGGAGGCGAGUCCAAAAGUGCCGGCAGAGAGCAGUCCUGGCAUCAGAGAGCCAGACAGUAGUUCCCGAGCCAGCAGCAGUCUGACCGAGGACACGUCUGCCAGCGAGAGCAUCCAUAGCACAUCCACCUCCAGCACCCACACAGUUCUUGAUGCCAGCUUGAUUGCUCAUGACACUCAAGUACCCACAGAGCCAGUGGAAUCAGCACCACCUGAAGGAGGAGCCCUGUCUUCAGCACCUGAAGGAAAUGUUAUUGCUGCAGAUGAAACCAGCAAGUGUGACAGUGAGGCAUCAGUUGAAGAAAGGAAAGGGGUUACUGCUGCAGCAUCUGGGGCUCUCAGUACUGCAGAUGUUGUAGCAGAAGGAAUGGAAGGAAACAUUGCUGGGGCAUCACUUGACAUGUCAGUGGAAAGUGGUGGCAGUUCUGAUACCAUUACAGCCUCUGUGGAUUCAACACAAAUGUUAUGGUCUAGUAGAUCCCACAUCGGUGGAAGCGAACAAGAACAAAUAGACAGUAGUGUAAUACAGGAUAGUGGAAUGACGGGUUCAGGUGGCUCCGUCGUGAGGUGCCUCCUGGAGGAAGCCAUGGGGGAUGAAGAAGCCACUAGCGGAGCAUCGUCUCCACCAGAGAGGGAGCACUCACCAUCGUCCUCCGAAAGGUCUGAGGCACUGAAAGUCGGAUCUGGCCACACGUCAGGGCACAGCUCGGGCGACGAGAUUGAAACCACAACGUCAUCGGAUAUUGAAGUUAUAUCCAGCCCAAGCUUAGACGGAAGCACGGUCGCACGAGGAUCGGCAGCGGCAUCAAGAGUUUGGGCGUCCGCACAAAGAGGACUCCGAAGCUUCCUCAACGACAGAUCUGAAUCACCUGCAUCAGAUUCUUCUUCCAACAACAAGAAGAACAAUACAGAGAAAGCGGAGACCGUCCCCUCAUCCAUGACCACUAGCUUCACCAGCAUCAGCGAAUCCGAAGGAGAGCCCUAUACCCCUCUGGUCCUGGGUGACCUCAAUAGUCUUGAUCAUUCGCGCAUCUCUCAGGUGCUCCACGACUUGCAGCACUUUGAGAAAGGCCAUCGUCGUAACCAGUCAAAUCUCUCGGAAACAAGCGAGAGUUCUUCAGAGCCACAUUCUCCGGAGGUUGAGAAACUUCUCAAGAAAAUAUCACAGUUAUCUGAGAUAUUGGAGGCUCGAGAGACAAAAUUGAUGGAGUUGAGUCAAGUCAAUGCAGCAUUACAAGAUACAAAUUUACGGUUAAAAACUAACAUCGAGGAGCUGGAAGGAGGAGGAGGCACAGAUGCCACUGAGUCUCUGCGAGAGGAGUAUACGCAGCGCUUGGUCACCAUGGAGAGGAAGUUCCAGCAGGCUCUGCGGGAAAAGGAGGCUAUCAAGAAACAGCUGGAGGAGGUCCGAGCGGAGGCAGCAACACGACUCAGCUCCUCAGAGGUAGCCCGGGAACGCGAGGAGAAGGACAUCGUCAUCCAGGAGCUGCGCGAGGAAGGCGAGAAACUCAGCAAGCAGCAGCUGAACUACUCCAACAUCAUCAAGAAGCUCAGGGCCAAGGAGAAGGAGAGUGAGACGACCAUCAAAACGCAGAAAGACAAGUUAGAAGAGCAGUCGAGAGAACUAGAGCGUCUGAGGAAGCAGCUUUCUGCCAAAGAGGAGGUGGAGAGACGUCAGAUCGAUGCCGUCUGUCAGCUCAACACCAAUAAUCAGCGCCUGGAGCAGCUGAUAAAGGACACCAAUGCAGAGAAUGCCGAACUCGAGGGCAAGAUGUCCGUCUUGAAGACUGCUCUGGAUACUGCCUACAAGGAGAUGGCAGAACUACAACGCGCUGCGGCGACCAAAGAUGCAGAAGCACAAGAACAAGCUCUCAGUGCAGAAGUCGCAGCAAGAAAGCAGAUAGAAGCUGCUUUGGCUGAGGCACAGUCGCAGGCACGCAGGGAGCAGGAGGCACUCAUGGCUCAGGUCUUGGAGUUGCAGGACACAUUAAGCAGAGCAGAGAGUCAAGCAAACAGUUCAGUUAUUACAGGCCAUCACUACCCUGUUAACAGUUAUGGUUAUUACACAGAUGAAGCUCAGACAACUGCUGCGUCAAGCCUCGAAAAGGAAAGAGCAGCGCGAGAUCAGUGUUCAGAGAUGGGGGCUAAAGCGGCAGCUCUGCAGACACAGGUGGCCAACUUGCAAGCAGAAAACACAAAGCUUUCCUCUGAGCUGGAAAUCCUCACUGCGAAAAUGAACUCCCUAGCGGAAACGCGAUCGAAAGAGAGCACCCAAGUACAAGCCCUCAAGACAUCCUUCGCCGACGAAAUAAGGGAAGUGAAACGUGAGAGAGACAGCUUGGAACAGCAGCUUGAGAUCGAGAAGACAGCGUUAACAGCAGAGAAAAAGAAGACAUUGGCCCUUCAAGAGCAGGUGAAAGAACGCGACCGCAAGCUAAUUCAGGCCGCGAGUGGUGUGGGGGAGAGCCACACGAGCACCCCGCGCUCUUCACCGACACCGUCUCUGUCUCGGCUCUCCAUGACCGGGUCCCUGAACGAAUCUUUCUCUGGAUCUCAGUGGGGGGAUGAAGUAUUUGAGUCAGGUUGGUCUCGAGGAACAUCCCUUUACGAAUCCAUGAGAGGAAAUGCAACUGCCACGGUUGAGGCUCUCACCUCGCAACUACGACAGAGAGAAGGAGAAGUCCACCAUCUUCACAGUGAAGUAACAAGAUACGAGGCUCAGCGUGAGUCCCUGGCGCAAGAACUUGUCUCAAUGACGAGGCAGAUUGAAACACUUCAGACCAAAGUGCAGGACUUUGAGAGACUCAAGGCACAAUAUACAGACAUGGAGCAAAAAUACAAUGCUCUGCUGCAGAUGCAUGGAGAGAAGGUAGAGGAGGUGGAGGAGUUACGUCUUGACUUAGCAGAUGUGAAGGAGAUGUAUAAGGCGCAGAUCGAUGCUCUCCUCAGGCAAUAAAACGGAGUAGUCGGAAAGGGUAAUGAAGCUACAAAGUGACAAAUAUCAUCCUGUUUUUUCAGUGCAAUAUAACACAUACCAUCUCUCCACCUUGUAAAAUAAACAAUGCUGCUUUUGCUUGAUCUUUUGAUCAGUCAGUUGAAGACAAGACACAUAGCAGGUUGUGUACGCACGUUGAUUUCAUAUUAACUGUGUGCCAUAAUUCACCAUGAGAGUUUACACAAUUUUUUUUUUUUUUUUUUUUUUUUACUAUUUUUUUUGUCUCAUUGUUUUGUUGUUUAAUAUGUUUUAUGUUUUUUGUUUUUUUUCUGUAUAUACUUUAAUACCCUAGAGAACACAGUUGUGCACAGUUUGAUUGUAUAUUUUGAUACUAUGUAUAUAAUGAAAUAUUUAUUUGUUUUUGUUUUUUUGUUUUCUCUUUUUGGUAUAUAUGACGAUGUUCAGUUAUCAGCAACAUAAGAAUCAUCUGGUAGACCUUACGAUGCUCUUUAUCAUUAAGUCUUUUAUUUAUCAUUUUUUCUUUCAUUAUUUCUUUUAUUUUUUUUAUUUUUUUUUUUUCUUGAUAGUUUCUCAUUUAGUUGGAAUUGUAUUGUUAAUUCUCAUGUAAUAUGGUUUUAUCUAUGAUGUAUUUAUUCAUUUAUGAGAUUUUGCCAAAAAUGUUUGUAAAUAUAUAUGAAUUAUCAUAACAGGGUCUGAAAUUUAAACGUUUCCUCCUUUUUUCUCAAUACAGAAAGUGCUUAUAUAACAAGUGCUACUUUUAUAUUGAAGCAUAUACAGUAUCAGUAUCACUUUUAUAUGCGUAUUAUUUUUUUUAUUUUUUUUUUUUCAAGACUUUUGGUCCUUGUAAGGUUUUAGUUAGACGUCAUGGCUGGCUGUAAAAUUUCUUAAGAAUCCUAUAUGAUAUCAGGUAAAGAGGAGUUUUAGCAAUCACACUCACAGGAAAUAGUUUGGGCAAUAAUAGUUCUCAUCAUUCACAGUUCACUGAAAUCACUUUCAUUCUUACUGGAUCUCGAGUCUUGGCAGAACAGAUCAUAUUCUCUCUUUCUUUCUUUCUCUCUCUUUUUUUCUUUCUCCCUCUCCUUGUUUUUCUCUCUCUCUCUUUUCUCUCUUUUCUCUCUUCUCUCUCUCUCUUCCCUCUCUCUCUCUCUCCUCUCU